AUGCGAGAAGCCCAUGUUGGCGUCUGUGGAGCCCACCAAGCGAGUCCAAAAAUGCGCUGGUUCAUCAGGAGACAUGGAUAUUAUUGGCCCAAUAUCUUGAAGGAUUGCAUUGCGUUCGCGAAAGGUUACCAAGACUGCCAGGCACAUGGGCUGGUCCAGUACAUCCCAAAUAUUCCCAUACAGCUUGUUAUUAAGCCAUGGCUUGCACGUGGCUGGGCAUUGGACCCGAUAGGGAUGAUACACCCUCAUUCUUCUCUGUUUGACAUACUAGAGGUUCUGGUCUUGGACAGGGGGGCAGCGUUUAUGGGCCACAAUAUGGAAGAGCUCUUCGCUGAUUUGGGUAUCCAGUUCAUUCAUUCUACUCCUUACUAUGCCCAAUCCAAAGGUCAAGCAGAGGCCAGUAACAAGAUUUUCAUCACCCUCUUAAAGAAGAUGCUUACAGAGAAUCCUCACCAGUGGCACGAGACGCUAUACGAGACUCUUUGGGCCUAUCGUACCUCCAAGUGUAGCCCCACUGCUACAAUACCUUAUGCUCUCAUGCUUGGUCAUGAUGCAGUUUUACCUCUGCAAAUCAACGUUCAGUCCCUGCGCAUCUAG